AUGCCCACUCUUGUAUCUACACCUACCCAUGUGCCCAAGCCAAGCACGGCCCAGUUGCCUACGACUAUGCUGUUACCUGAGCCCCUGCCUAUACGCUGUCACUACCUCGACACUCGCCCUAACCCUGACGCCUGCAACCUCAACCACGACACCAGCCGCUGCCGGGUGCAAGAACCAACUGCUGCCACAGCCUCGGUGCCCACAUUGCCCACGCCUGCAAUGCCUGUGCCUGCCUCACUUGUGGUGCCCAUGCCAGUGGCACCCACGCCCGCCUCACCCCAGCCUCUUGCAAUUCCUUCUCCCUACUACACCACCCACCAGCUGUCUCCCGCCACACUGUUCAGGGACAACCCCACCGACAUUUGUUUGCUUGUCACAACUCUUUGA